AUGCUUCGGGCCAUGCUUUGUGUUGGUCACUACACACAAGCCAUUGAGCUCUAUAACUCUAUGCUCAACCAAGGGGUGAAACCUGAUAACUACACCUACCCAAUUGUUCUCAAGGCAUGUUCUUCCUUGCGUGCAAUUGAAUAUGGAAGAUGGGUUCGAGAGACAAUCAUAUACAAUGAGGUGAAGCAUAAUAUAAGGCCUAAUGCUUAUGUAUUGUGUUCUAUGAUCAAUAUGUUUGCUAAGUGUGGCAGCUUGGGAGACGCACGUAAGGUGUUUGAUGAAAUGCUGGAAAAAGACUUGGCUUCUUGGACUGCCAUGAUAUGCGGGGCGGUGUGGAAUGGUGAGUUGGUUGAAGCGGUUUUGCUUUUUAGGAGGAUGAGAUCGGAUAGUUUGAAGCCUGAUUCGGUGAUUGUAGCAUCUCUCUUACCGGUAUGCAGCAAAUUGGAGGAUGCCGAAUUGGGAAUGGCGCUGCAAGGAUGUGCUGUGAGGAGUGGCUUUGACAGUGAUUUGUAUGUUUCCAAUGCUCUCAUUGACAUGUACUGCAAAUGUGGUGAUCCAUUUGAGGCCCGUUUCUUAUUCGACAACAUGGUUUGUAGGGAUAGGGUUUCUUGGAGUACCUUGAUUGCAGGGUACUCACAGAAUUUCUUAUACCGAGAGAGCUAUGAACUGCUUCGUAGAAUGGUAAAUAUAGGGCUGAAAGCAAAUGAAAUUGUUGUCUCAAGUGUUCUUCCUGCAUUAGGAAAACUCAGAUUGUUGAAACAGGGGAAGGAGAUACAUAACUAUGUUCUUAAAGAAGGGCUUGUAUUGGAUCCAAUAGUGGUAAGCACAUUGAUUGAUAUGUACUCUAAUUGUGGUUCCAUGAAGGAAGCAGAAACAACAUUUGAAUACAUGUCAGAUAAGGAUAUUAUGCUGUGGAAUACGAUGAUUGCGGGAUAUAACUUAGACGGCAAUUUUGACUUGGCACUUUCUACCUUCAGAGAAAUUUGGGGAACUCAACAUAGGCCUAAUUCCAUUACUUUGGUAAGUGUUCUUCCUGUGUGUACCAAAUUGGGAGCUCUUAGGCAGGGACAGGAGAUUCAUGGUUAUGCAACCAAAAGUAAUCUAAUAUUAAAGACUAACGUUGGAAAUUCUUUGAUAGAUAUGUAUGGCAAAUGUGGAUUUCUUGAUCUUGGAGUAAAGGUCUUCAACCAGAUGAUGGUAAAGAAUGUUGUAACAUAUAACACCAUAAUCUCUACUUGUGGAGCUCAUGGAUUAGGAGGAAAGGGUUUGGCAUUUUAUGAUCAGAUGAAGAUUGCGGGAAUUAGACCGAAUAAAGUCACAUUUAUCGCACUAUUAUCCGCUUGUAGCCAUGCAGGUCUAGUUGAAAAAGCUUGGCAGUUGUAUAAUUCCAUGAUUCAUGAUUAUGCUAUUGAGCCGGAUAUGGAGCACUACUCUUGUAUGGUGGAUCUUCUUGGUAAAACUGGAGACAUUGAUGGCGCAUACAAGUUCAUAACAACGUUGCCUGUGACUCCCAAUACCAAUGUUUUGGGAAGCUUACUUGGCGCUUGUCGAAUUCACAACAAAGUAGAGCUGGCCGAGAUCCUAGCUGAACAUAUCUUUCAAUUGAAUGCUGAAGAUCCUGGCCAUUAUGUGCUUCUUUCAAAUUUAUAUGCGUCUAGGGAACAAUGGAAAAACAUGUCAAAGGUGAGAAGCAUGAUUAAGGAUAAAGGACUGGAGAAAAAACCAGCAAGUAGUUGGAUUCAGAUUGGGCACAAAAUCCAUGUUUUUCAUGCUACAAGUAAAUUUCAUCCAGAGUUUGCAAAGAUUGAAGAGAUUUUGGAUAGUUUAGUUUCGGUGAUGAAAGGUGAAGAUUGUUUGCCUGAAGAGCCCGAGGAUUUAUUCCCAUGUCGAUGA